UAGGGAGGUAAGCGUGACUCAGGGCAUUUGGCCACCCUCCCCAGCGCUGCACGGCUCUUUCCCCGCGGGCAGCAGCAAGCAGAGCCCGGGCAGGGGCUGGUGGCGAGGGCAGGGGCGUCGCAGAGCCACCCCGGGGAGCGCCGGGUUAUGGUGCCGCCGGGCUGAUUGCCGGGACACAGCGAGGCAGCGGCGGGGGCCGAGCCCGGAGCCAUGGAGGGGCCCGGCCAGGAGGCCUACGAGGAGAGGAUGAGGAGGAGCUUGGACCCCGAAGGCUAUGAGGACCCUGGCAUAGAGGGCUCUCGCCUAUCAAUGGAGGAGACGAACAGGGCCGGCGCUGGCACCGGGUCCUUGCACGCGUGGAGGGCCAGAGCCGAGGAGCUGACGCCCCUGCGCCAGUAUUUGCCCAACCGGCGGGGAUGCUAUGACGUGGACGGGAGGAGGCGUGCGGCCGGGGUCCCCCCGGGACAGGCGAGCCGCCGUGGUGGAGGGCAGCCUCCGUCGGACACUGAUGUGGACCUGGAGGCGGCAGGGAGCAGGAGGCUUGUGUCCCGGCAGGACACCCAUGAGGUCUACGUGGAGCUGCACGAGCUGGUCAUGGACACCACGAACGAGCUGUGCUGGAUGGAGGCUGGCCACUGGCUCAAGCUGGAGGAGGACUUCAAGGAAGACGAGCACUGGGGCCAGCCCCAUCUCUCCUUCCUGACCUACCACAGCCUCCUGGAGAUCCGCCGGGCUUUGGCCAAAGGCGCCGUGCUCUUUGAUGUGGCGGCCACCUCGCUGGCGGCCAUCGCCCACAUCCUCAUUGACCAGAUGAUCUACGAGGGGCAGAUCAAGCCACAGGACCAGGAGGCCAUCCUGAGGACGCUGCUGCUGCAGCACAAACACCCCAGCGAGGGCCAUUCGGUCAGGACCCUGCCACUGGCACAGCUGCAGCGCUCGGGCACGGGCCAGGCAGAGACGCAGCAGCCGCUGCUGCAGGAGCAGCAGCCCCUGGAGAUGCACAGGCUGUCCGGGCCCCGGCCGAGCCAGAGCACGUCCGAUAGACCCCAGCUCCCCGAGAAGAUCCCCGAGGAUGCUGAAGCCACGCUGGUCCUUGUGGGCUGCGCAGCCUUCCUGGAGCAGCCAACGCUGGCCUUCGUGCGCCUCAAGGCCGCGGUGAACCUGGACGCCGUCCUCGAAGUGCCCCUGCCCGUCCGCUUCCUCUUCGUGGUCCUGGGCCCCAACACCCCCCACGUCAGCUAUCAUGAGAUCGGCCGCGCCAUCGCCACCAUGAUGUCCGAGAGGGUCUUUCGCCGGGAUGCCUACCUGGCCAAGGGCCGCCAGGACCUGCUGCAGGGGGUGGAGGAAUUCCUGGAGGCCAGCAUCGUCGUGCCACCCACCGAGACCCUGAGCGAGCAGCUCCUCCAGAGCCUGGUGCCGCUGCAGCACAAGCUGCUCCGCCACCGCUACCAGCCCCCCAUGAAGGACAUGGACAAGGACUUCCUAAAAGGCCUGGGGCUGGAGGCGCCGGCGCCGGAGGAUGACGACCCCCUGCGCAGGACGAAGCGACCUUUUGGGGGGCUGGUGCAGGACAUCCGCCGCCGGUACCCCAAAUACCUCAGCGACAUCAAGGAUGCCCUCAACCCCCAGUGCCUUGCUGCCGUCAUCUUCAUCUAUUUUGCGGCACUGACACCUGCUAUCACCUUCGGAGGCUUGCUGAGUGAGAAGACCAACGGCAUAAUGGGGGUGCCGGAGCUGCUCCUCUCCACCUGCGUGCAGUGCAUCGUCUUCAGCAUCUUCAGCGCCCAGCCCCUGCUCGUCGUCGGCUUCUCUGGGCCCCUACUCGUCUUCGAGGAAGCCUUCUACUCGUUCUGCAAUAACCAUCACCUAGAGUACAUCGUGGGACGGGUCUGGAUCGGUUUCUGGCUGAUCCUGCUGGUGCUGGUGGUGGUGGCCUGCGAGGGCAGCUUCUUGGUGCGCUACCUGUCCCGCUACACCCAGGAGAUCUUCUCCUUCCUCAUCUCCCUCAUCUUCAUCUAUGAGACCUUCUCCAAGCUCGUCAAGAUCUUCAAGGAAAACCCGCUGAAGCGGCAUUACAACGUGCAGCCCACGGUCACGUCCGGUGUGCCGGAGCCCAACACAGCGCUGCUGUCCUUCAUCCUCAUGGCCGGCACGUUCUUCCUGGCCUUUUUCCUCCGCAAGUUCAAGAACAGCGCUUUCCUGCCUGGCAGGGCCCGGCGCUUGAUCGGGGACUUCGGGGUGCCCAUUUCCAUCUUGGUCAUGGCGCUGGUCGACUUCUCGAUCGAGGACACAUACACGCAGAAACUGAAGGUCCCCGAAGGGCUGGAUGUCACCAACUCGUCUGCCCGGGGCUGGUUUAUCAACCCCAUGGGGGAGAAGACCACCUUCCCCACCUGGAUGAUGUUCGCUGCCGUUGUGCCUGCCCUCCUGGUCUUCAUCCUCAUCUUCCUUGAGACGCAGAUCACCACCCUCAUCGUCAGCAAGCCCGAGAGGAAGCUGGUAAAGGGCUCUGGCUUCCACCUGGACCUGCUGCUGAUUGUGGCCAUGGGGGGGCUGGUCGCCCUUUUCGGCAUGCCCUGGCUCACCGCCGCCACCGUCCGCACCAUCACCCACGUCAAUGCCCUCACCAUCAUGAGCAAGACCUCCGGUCCCGGCGAGAAAUCCCAGAUCUUGGAGGUCAAGGAACAACGCAUCAGUGGCCUUUUGGUGGCCAUGCUCAUCGGUGUUUCCAUCCUCCUGGAGCCCGUCCUGAAGCAUGUCCCGCUGGCCGUGCUCUUCGGCAUCUUCCUCUACAUGGGCAUCACCUCCCUCUUCGGCAUCCAGCUCUUCGACCGCAUCCUGCUCUUGCUGAUGCCACCCAAGUACCACCCCAAAGAGCCCUACGUCACCCGGGUGAAGACUUGGCGGAUGCACCUCUUCACCUUCACCCAGAUCAUCGUCCUCGUGCUGCUGUGGGUGGUGAAGUCCACCCAGGCCUCGCUGGCGCUGCCCUUCAUCCUCAUACUCACCGUGCCCCUGCGGCGCUUCCUACUGCCCAGGAUCUUCCGGGAUGUCGAGCUCAAAUGCCUGGACGCGGACGACGUGGUGGUGACCUUCGAAGAGACGGAGGGCAGGGAUGUUUACGACGAGGUGCAGAUGCCCAGCUAAGGGCUCGCUGCCCCCUGCCCCCCCGAUGGCCCCGUGUCCCCCAGCCCCCCACACCCACCCACUUGUAGCUCCCCUUGCUGCCAUCCCAGGGCACUGGGCGACGGUGGGGGAACUUGGGGUCACGGCCCCAGAGCCCCAGUCCCCACCUGCACACUCUGCGAAUGGAGUUGUUCCCCCCACCCCUUUUUUCCCUUUUUAAAAAAUAUUUUGGAUGGUGUGAUCUCGCCUGCACUUUGCUACCGGCUGGGGAAGAGGCUGCCCGGGCUGGGGGGGGUGUCCCAUGGGCCGCCCCCCACCCUGUGGCAGGACGGGAUGGCCCGUGCUCCGUGUCACUGUCCCGUCCCGGGGCUGUGACGGGGCACCGAGCACACGAAGGAGCCAGAGGAAGACACCGGAGCCUGGAGGGAGGAGGAAGGCAGGGCCUGGGCAACGCAGCGGGGAUGGAGACGCAGUGGGAUGGGGUCCCCCCAGUCCCGCUGCCUUCCCCCGCCAUGGAGCCCCCCUGCCUGACCCCUCUUCCCCAGACGAACUUCCAGUGCUAAUGAGCGCUCUCAGCAUCUCCCGGGGUCAGGGUGUAAAUAGUCCAGAGGGGGGGUUUAUAUAUUUGCAAUGAAGAUAAUCACGCUAAAAACACCGAAACAAACUUACGCCAACGCUUCCGCAGGUAGGAUUGACUCAGAACCAAACAAAAAUUCCCAAAAACCCUGAAAAAGCACCUUAAAAAAAAAGAAAAAUCAAGAAGGAAAAAAAAAAAAAGCAGCUGCAAGAAGUGAUCUGUAUAUUUGAUGCUAGUGACUGGGGGAGUUUGUAAUUUAUUUCUAAAGGCUGAUUGUGCUCCCGCCUGCAGCAGGGGCCGUGUGCGUGUGUGUGUGUAUAUACUAGAGAGAAACUAUAUAAAAAUUUACAAUUUUUCUAGAAAGGCUUAUUUUUAAAGGAUCCUGGUCAGGGCCUAAACUCUACAGACCAGUCCAGCAGUGUCGUUUAACUCACGAAUUAGUAUUAGUAUGAAUCCUCUUUAUUUUUGUAGCAUUUCAGUUAAACCCAUGUAGUUUUUCCUCGAUUUUUCCCUUGCUUGCUGACCACAUCUUGCCCCAUUUCUGCUGGGAUUGCUCCCAAACUGGCCGAGCAUCCCCCUGCUUCUGCUGGGGCUGAUCCUGCCCUGGUCAGACGCAAGGGCCAGAUCCAGCCAGGGGCAGUGCACCCCAUCAGGCUGCAAAUUUGCUCCUUUUUGCAUAAAUCAGACCAGGGGAGACCCCAAAAUCAGCAUGGGGGACAGCGGAGGGGGGGCAGCCGUGCCUGGUGCUGCGUCAUGUUUGGGUGGGUUUAGUUUUAUUAAUUAUGUGUCCAAAAUAAAUAAUGUUGUGAGCUUUGGGGUUUUUUAUUCUUCCCUUCCCAAUCCACCUCUGUAUCAGGCUUUAAUAAAUAAAUGCAUAAAAUCAGAAAGGAAA